AUGUCCACUGACAACCCAAAUACAAUAAUCAAAGAGGGUUUGAACGAUGCCGCUGCUCCUUCAGCUCUGCAAAGUGGUACAAAAAAUUGGCUGGAAGGAUUAGACAAUCCCUAUUUUCAAGCUGGAUUCGGCUUGAUGGGAGUAGGAGUCGUGUUCGGUGGUCUACGUAAAUUCACAACCUUUGCCGACGUAUUCCUUCGACGUCGUUUGUUAGUCCAAGUUGAGAUAAACAACAAAGAUCGUGCUUACCCAUGGCUCCUUUCUUGGAUGGCUCAACAGAAUCAAAUUAACCAAUCUCUCGGGCGUGUAUCGGGUUCUCUCAUCUCCAAAAGUCAUCGACUCAGUGUCGAAACUACCGUGGAACAACAUCAGAACGGAAGUUCUUCGGUUUUCUUCAACCUAGUUGCUGGAACAGGCAUGCACUGGCUCAAAUACCGCGGUGUCUGGAUGCAGGUCGUGCGGGAGCGUGACACGCAAUCAAUGCAAAUGAUGUCAGGAAAUCCUUGGGAAACCGUUACAUUGACUACGCUUUCGCGUGAUCGAGACAUAUUCCUUCGCCUUCUGGCAGAAGCUAGAGAUCUUGCCAUGCGUGACCAAGAAGGUAAACUUGUCAUUCAAACUCCUUGGGGUACCGAAUGGCGGCCAUUUGGACUCCCCAGGAGGAAAAGACCUUUGCACAGUGUCGUCCUAGACAAUGGUAUCGCUGCGGCCAUCGAGAACGAUGUUCAAUCUUUCCUAAAUAGACGUCAGUGGUACGUUGACAGAGGCAUUCCCUAUCGUCGUGGAUUCUUGCUUCAUGGUCCUCCCGGUUCUGGAAAGAGUUCAUAUAUACAAGCUUUGGCAGGAUCGCUGAACUAUAAUCUCUGUCUUUUGAAUCUUUCCGAACGAGGGCUUGGUGACGAUAAGCUCACACAUUUACUUUCUACGGUACCGGAACAAAGCAUUGUCCUUAUUGAGGAUGUGGAUGCUGCCUUCAAUAAACGAGUGCAGACAUCGGAGGAUGGGUAUCAAUCUUCCGUCACAUUUUCCGGAUUCCUCAAUGCCCUAGAUGGUGUAGCAUCCGGGGAGGAACGGAUUGUAUUCUUAACAACCAAUCACAUCGAACGACUCGAUCCGGCUCUUAUUCGACCAGGUCGUGUAGAUUUCACACAGUAUGUCGGUGAUUCAACGCCAAACCAAGCUCGAGCCCUCUUUGAACGAUUCUAUGGCACGGAACCUUUAGAGACGAUCGACGUAGGCCAAAAUCUAUAUGAUUUAAUAGAGGAGGAAAUGAAGCAGGGGAAACGAAUAAGUAUGGCCGCAUUACAAGGCCUCUUUAUUCGCAACCACGAUGCUCAGAGCGCACUCGCAGCCUGUCGGCAAACUUUCCUCGAAAUUAAAAGUACUUAA